UCUUGAUAACAACAUCGUGGAGUUACACUUUAAUUAUUUCACCAAAUAGGAUUGUAUAACAAUGAUUGGUUGUACUCUCUCAUUCACUGUGCUCCAUAGUUAACUAUGACGACACCUGCUAAUGUGUAAAGGGUCCUUUGAUUUAUAUUGCGACCACAUGAAGGAAUUGUGUGGAACUAAUAUCUUUCACUCCUGCUGUAUCUGAUAUGUGUGUUUGCGUGUGAUUUUACAGGGAUAAUAACUUCAUCAAGGACUUUCCUCAGCUGGCGGACGGGCUGAUGGUGAUUCCUCUGCCGGUGGAGGAGCAGUGUAGAGGAGUGCUGUCAGAGCCACUGCCCAACCUGCAGCUGCUCUCAGGGGAUGCCCAGUUCAGUGAAGCCACGGGAUAUCCCAUGAUGCAGCAGUGGAGGGUUCGGAGUAACCUGUACAAAGUGAAGCUCAGUGCCAUCACAUUGUCCACAGAUUUCUCCAAGGUGUUGAAAUCCCUGACGGCGGACAGCACACGGGAUGAUCUGCUGGCGUUUAUCCAGCAAUACGGCAGUCAUUAUAUCUCUGAAGCGCUCUACGGAUCUGAACUCACCUGCAACAUCUACUUCCCCAGCAAGAAGUCCCAGCAGCAGCUCUGGCUCCAGUACCAGAAAGGUAGGAGAAUGGAGAGAUCGGGGGAUCCUCGUAAACAAAUAAAUAAACUAUUUACCUUCCUUGUGCAUUUAAGGGUCUAG